GUAAUGUCACUGCCAAUAUUGUGUCAACUAUCAGCUGUCAUUGCUGAUAAAACAUUGAUUUUUCUGUGAACAUUUUUAAUAAAUUAUAAAAAACUAGAUCAAGUUUCGAUAGUGAUAUAGCACCUUUAUGGGUGCAUAAGAGUGCUCCUACGGGUUACAAGUUGUUCCUUACAUCUCCUAUCAUCAGAUUUCACCAUGCCAGGCACAAACCUCAUUGUGCCGGUGGUGCUAUGGGGCAAGCAUGCGCCCACGCACUGCAUAUCCUCGAUUUACCUCUCUCGGGAUCAGAAGACGUUGGUCACCGGUUGCUAUGAUGGCCAAAUUUGCAUCUGGCAGGUGGAACCUGAGAGCUUGAAGAUGACGCCGCGCUGCUUGCUAGUUGGGCAUACUGCGCCCGUCACUUGUCUCUCCAGGGCUUCUAUUAUACAGGACAAUAACUUCAUAGUGAGCUCCUCGGAGGCUGGCGAGAUGUGCACCUGGGACCUGGUGGAUGGGAAAUGCAGGGAGAGCGUCAAAUUGUCUCAAAUACACACCAAUAUACAGGCUUACCACAUGUGCAACAGUGAAGACCUUCGUCUAUUCUGCAAUGGUUACUACGCGGAGAUUCUCAUCAUGGAUCCGUUUUCGCUGGAGAUCUUGUUCUCCCUGAGUUCCAAAAUGAAUCCCGAUUGGAUAUCGGCUGUACAUGUGCUUCGCCCAUCGUCAAGGAAGGACGAUGUGGUUCUCGCCAUAUCGAUUACGGGAACAGUUAAAGUGUGGUCGCUCCUGGGCCACGAGAACAAGCAGUCGGAGCCGAUAUACGAGAACGAGUCGAAACAGAUCCGCUGUCUCAACGCGCUGUCGCUGAACUGCUGCGCGUACAACCAGCGCACCGUGCUCAUCGUCUGCGCUAAGUACUGCCAGAUAUACGACGCAGGUGAUUUCUCAGUCCUCUGCUCCAUACAAGCGCCGUCAGGAGAACGCUGGAUGUCUGGCGAUUUUCUAGCGCCCGACAGAAUCCUCGUCUGGUCCACGGAAGGCAAAGGAUAUUUGUAUAAACUGCCUGCCAAUUCGGUGCCAGACCAUAAGGGCUUUCAUGGACCCACGGUGGAGCACGAUAGUCCCGUUCUGUUUGGCAUUUUGGCCCACACUGAUAAUAAGCUCCUAUCAUGCCCUCCCGCGAUGCGUUUCGUGAUUACCUCCUCGGGGGGUAAACAGAGAAGGUUGCUGCUUCGCGGCGACUCGGCCGGCGUGGUCUCCGUGUGGAAUGUGGAUGAUGCUGCCACUCCUUUGUUAAACCAAGUGCCAUCGCACGCGCCGAUUGUCCUGACCAGCUUGGAGUUGGCCUGGGCUGAAAUGAACCCCAGCCCAGUCGGUAUACUGGACCAGUUGAACCAUCCGGAUGAGUCUGAGAUAAAGCUGACAGCGUCCAUCUACUUGCUAUCGUUGAACCGGUUGGUGGUGGGCCGCGAGGACGGAUCCAUUGUAAUCCUGAACGCGACGCACACGGUCCAGCUGCAGCUGCUGCAUGGAAGGCACCAGCAGCUUGAGGAUUGGCCUCCUCACCAGCUACUUCUCGGUCACAACGGUAGAGUGAACUGCCUUCUGUACCCGCAUCAUGUUCAUCAAAGGUACGACAAAUCGCACCUGGUGUCGGGCGGGAUAGACUUCGCGGUGUGCCUGUGGGACCUGUUCAGCGGCGUGCUGCUGCACCGCUUCUGCGUGCACGCCGGCGAGAUCACCCAGCUCAUCGUGCCGCCGCAUAACUGCAGCCCAAGAAUCCAGAAAUGCAUUUGCUCCGUGGCAUCUGAUCACAGCGUCACAUUGUUAAGUCUAGCAGAGCGUAAAUGCGUUACCCUCGCGUCCCGCCACUUGUUCCCGGUGGUGACUAUCAAAUGGCGACCUGCGGAUGACUUCAUGGUGGUCGGUUGCAGCGAUGGUACUGUGUACGUGUGGCAGAUGGAGACUGGUCAUCUUGAUCGGGUGUUGCAUGGCAUGAUAGCCGAAGAAGUAUUGGCUGCAUGUGAUGAGACCCUGACUGAUGAUCUUGGCGGUUCUCUGUCUGCCGGCUCCGGGGACCUGCAAGGCCUGGCUAACCCUGCUAUACACUUCUUCCGCGGUCUCCGGCACCGCAACCUGACGGCCAUGCGCGCGGCCACGGCGCGCGGGCUGGCGGCGCUGCAGGUGGCGGGGCCCGCGCCCGGCGCCGGCCCGCUCGCCGAGCCCGCGCGGGCGCGCCGCGCGCAGCUCACCGUGCAGGGCUUCCGCUCCAACCCCACAGAUCCGGAAAGUCAUAUCCUGUUCUUCGACAUCGAGGGUCUGAUCGUUGAAUUACUGAGCGAGGAAUAUUCUGCCAUGAGUCCCGCAAGCUUGGAGGCCGCUGGUUUAAUAACCAGCGAGUACAUGAAGGUAGCGGCUUUGACGCAGUCGGCCAGCCCUGACGCCACCAAGAGAAUAUCAGGAAUCUUGGCGAAGAUGAAGGAAGGCGCUGAGACUAUGCAGACGAAACUACAAGCGAAGGCGGAACAAUUGAAGGGCCACUUGGACGCUAAAGAUGAGUCCAGCCAGUCGAAGAAGCAGCGUCCGCGCGACAUGUCGCUCGCGGAGCCUCCCCACACCAUGGAGAUCGCUCAGAUCCUCAUCUCGCUGCUGCACGCGUGGGGGCUCGACCCAGACCUGGAUCGGGUCUGCGAGUCCAAGCUGGGGCUGUUAAGGCCAAUGGUACCUGUAUGCUUCGGCGUGGUGUCCCGCCACGGGCAUAUGGCUGUUCAACUUCCGACACGGCUUACCGGCUGGACAGAAGCCUGCGCCGCCGCUCCCGACGACCCACUCCUCAUCACAUCCGACUUGCCACCAGAACUGCUGCGACAGGAGAAGAUGACCAGACUCUUCACAUCCAAGCUGCACUGGGAGCUCAGUACGACGCUGACCACAAACCACCUGCUGUCCAUCGUGGCGCUCGCCAACACGCUGAUGUCGAUGAGCAACGCCAGCUUCCUGCCCGAGCAGGAGCGGGCUAGGAGACUGCACAGACCUUCCACCAGGAGUUCAGUGUCGUGGGCGGCGGACGAGGAGCGCGAGGAGCAGCUGGCGGCGCAGCAGGCGCACAUCAAGCAGGGCUGGUCGCUGCUGGCCACCUUACACUGCGUGCUUCUGCCCGACAAGGUCGUGGCACUGGGUGCGAAGAGCUUCAAGCGGCCGCAGGUGGAGAUGCUGGCUCGCAGGUGGCAGCAUCAUUGCCUGGAGGUUAGGGAGGCGGCCCAGGCACUCCUGCUAGCAGAAUUGAGCAGGCUGGGACCAAAGGGUCGGAAGUCGUUGGUGGACAACUGGGCGCAGUACCUCCCGCUGUACACCCACUCCGAGAGCAUUAACCCUCACGCCGCCACCAAGGAGCCGGCAGAUAAAGUGGCUAAAGCGCAAGAGGAAGAGUUCGAGGAAGAAGAAGAGGAGAUCGUGCGGAAGCCAUCAUCUCUCGCGGAGCUCAAGCGCAAGCAGACCACCGCCGUCGUGCUGCUCGGCGUCAUCGGCGCUGAGUUCGGGCAGGACAUCACUAGCGAGGGUGCUGCCGGUAACAAACGCCGUAAGGAUGCUGACAGUAGAAAGAGCUCCGUUGUCGAAGGGUUCACGCUGAGCGCGUCGAACAACCUGGCGCGCCUGACGGCGCUGGCGCUGACGCACCUGCUGCUGGCGCCGCCCAGCGCGCGCCUGCCCGCGCACACGCCGCUGCGCCGCGCCGCCGUCGACCUGCUCGGCCGCGGCUUCACCGUCUGGGAGCCCUACCUCGACGUCAGCCACGUGCUGCUCGGUCUUUUGGAGAUGUGUUCGGACGCGGACAAGCUGGUGCCGUCGAUGAGCUACGGACUGCCGCUGACGCCGCAGGCAGACUCCUGCCGCACCGCGCGGCACGCGCUCACACUCAUCGCUACUGCCAGGCCUGCGGCGUUCAUCACGACGAUGGCGCGCGAGGUGGCGCGCUGCGCGGCGGCGGCGGCGGGCGCGCCCCCCUCCGCCGCGCACCUCGCGCUGCAGCGCGGCCGCGCCGAGGUGCUGCGCGGCAUCGAGCUGCUCAUCGACCGCAUGCACAACGAGGUCGCCGAGCUGCUCGUCGAGGUGAUGGAUAUAAUCCUGCACUGCGUGGACCAGUCUCACCUCAAGAGCAAGGGUCUGAACGAGGUGUUCCCGGCCAUCUGCAGAUACAACCAGGUGUCUCACUGUCCCGCCACCAGGAGGAUCGCUGUCGGUAGCCACACGGGUCAGUUGGCGCUGUACGAGCUGCGCGCGGGUCGGUGCCAGUCUCUGGCGGCACACACCGGUCCCGUCACAGCCUGCGCCUUCUCUCCGGACGGACGGUACCUCGUGUCGUACGCCACUAGUGAUAACAGACUCUCGUUCUGGCAGAGUACUGCAGGCAUGUUCGGUCUCGGCGCGGCUCAAACCCGCUGCGUGAAGUGCUACAGCACGGCGCCGCUCGCCGACGUCGCGAGACUCAACCCGGCGAGACUCGCCAGACUCGUCUGGACCAACGCCAGGACCGUCACUCUCAUGCUCGCCGACGGAUCCGAGACUCGGUUCAACGUGUAAUCACGUUACUAAUGUAUAGUGUAAUCGACGUAUAAUCACGUUAUUAAUGUGAAGUAUAGUGUAAUAUAUUUUAACGAUUAUUAGGUCUUAUUAUUGAAUAAUUAAUACCGAUUGUACACUGAAGUUACCAUAAUACUAUAGUUGAGUAAAAUACUGGAAAUGCUUCUAGUGUUUUAGAUGUUCGUGUUGCAACAGCAGUAGACAAUUAUAAUAUUGCCGAUACUUCUCUAGUGUAGGGAAUCGGGAUUUGUCAACGAUUUAAGUUUGUAAGCACAGUAUUUAUUAAGUAUUGUCUACUUACAUAUUUAUUGUAUAAUAUAUAUUUCAAUUUUAUUUUUUCAAAAUAUCUCGUAAAAUAUAUUACACUAUUACUGAGUAUCAAACUUGUAUAAAUAUUGUUGUCUAAUACAAAAUGAUGUAAUCAUGUAAUUAAAAUGAGUCUUCGGACUCGGAGAGGCUUAUCGAGUCUGUGUACUCGGUGAUUUCGAGUCAAAAUAAAAAAAAGUGUAACCUUUAAACUUAUAACUGUUGUAACGGAAUUGUAUUUUUUUUAUUUUCAAAUGUAUAUCAAUCAUUGCCAUAUUUAUUAAAUAAUUAUAAAUAAAAUGACGUAAACGUUUAUACUUGCAUUACUGCUUGCAUUAAGUAAAGAGGUUUGGAUAAAUAUAGAGAAAAUAAAACAAUUUCGGUCAUUUUAAUCAAUACAAAGCAAAUUUUAAAAUAUAAGCACUUUUUAAAUAAUACUAGCUAAUUUAAAUCUAACUUUUUUGGUUCAACUCAAAAUUGAAGCACAAUUUUUGGUGCUAUUGUAUUACUUCUGAUCGACGUACAUACUUAUCAUUCAACAAAGCAAUACAUGACUAUUUGACAGCGUCACAUGUUGCGUUUUGUUGCUCAACAUGUAGCCACAAUUAUUGUAAUACAUUACUAAAAGCCAGCCUCGCCACUGCACGCUUAAGGUCGAUAUUCACAAAAUUAUUUACCUUGUAAAAAGUCUUGCUUGAAGUAAAAUAAUGUAUGCAACCCGAGAAAGAUCUAAUUUGUAUAUAGGGUGGUAGUUAAUUCACUGUUUUCCUGACACCUAUGUACUCAGUCAUAUCAUAUAUAUCAUCAGCCUACAGCUGUCCACUGCUGAACAUAGGCCUCCCCUAAAGCGCGCCACAGCCAGGGAUAUACAAUAAAUCUACA